GGUUUAGUCAAAAUUCAUAAAAACAAAACUGUGUUUUUGGAAUUUGUUUGAGAUAGAAAGAAACCUGUUGGAGCGGUAACCAGGGGCCAUGACACUAUCCCAUUGGUAUAGAGACAAAGAGAUGGAACCAAGACAGGAAAAGUCGAAGUCGAAAUUGGCAUCCCAUAUCCAACAGUUGGAUAUGCGCUUGCAAUCCAUAGUCUUGGAGAAUAAUGCCAACAAGUUGUUGCGCCAGCAGGCGGGUUUGGACAAGGUCAAGUUGUCAUCGAAGACGAACAAAAAGAAACUGCACAGACUGCCGACGGUGUGUCACACACAAAAAUUAUACGAUCGCAAUCGCCAGCAAGAGUUGCGUCAGAUGCAGAAGAUUCAAAGACAGCAAUGCCAGUUCCAUAGUCAUCCGGUGCCUGAUUUCAAGGCCAUGCACAGACGCUGGGAAAUACGAAACAAAUCGCGACAACGGCACUCUACGCACAAUUUAACCAAACCUGUGACGCCCCAAACUUUAAUCAAAUCUAUGGAGUCGGCCAAACGUUGGCGGGCCAAUCGAGCGGUUCUAGAACGCUCGAAAAUGAAGGAGGUGACGCUGAAACCACAGCUGAGUCAAUCUUCUGAGAACUGGCGGCAGCCUCCAUUCGUGCCACGCAUCUUAUCGAGCAUUGUGAAGACUGAACCGUUCCAGCUGAAGUCUGUGGAACGGGGCAAGCUUCGCAAACAGUUCGAUUUAUGGCAUAUGCGCAAACAGGAGAAACGUUGGCAACGUAGGGCGGACGAGUGGGCGCAACGUUGUCACAAUGAAUAUGUCGAGGCGCGCAAAUUGACUCAUUUUAAGGCAACACCCAAUCCUUGGAAGCGAAUUAAAGCACAAAUCUAAAAAUUUCAUUUCGAUAGAUUCUUACAUAAGUUUUUUGUACGGAACUCACAAAAAAAAAACUAA